GAACACUGUACCCCGUACUUUCCUAACAGAUGUGUAAAAGCUGCAUACUGGUCAUCUAUAGCUAUAUUUAACUUCACGCAAGCAGGCACCGAGAAAUACACAAAUAGGAAGGAUGCAAUCCCUUUCCUUUUCGUUCGUUUCUCCAACCUACAAACCGAUACCACAGUAUCAGAGAUACUUUCCCAUACAUCUUUAGAUACAUCGUGCACGAGGACUUAUGUGGGCAACCAUGACGACGUCGCUCUCAAUAGAUAAGAAUUCACUCCCUUUUAGCAAUAUGAGCGGAUAUCCGGGCGCAGAUACGAUGUUAAGGAGAAUAAGCCUCAGCGAGAUAUGUGAGGUUAGCGGCCGACGUUUCUGGCGCAUAAGGGAGUCAAGAGUGGACCGAAUACCAGCCUGAAAAUCGCCAGAUUAUCCCCGCUACACACGACCCUCUAUAAAUCUUUCUAGUCCUUCAGAGCCAGGGACCUGGCGAGCCUAAUCACUGGUCUAUCUGUGUUCGCCAUGAGAACGUUACUGGUUGGGUAUACGAAGUGAAAGGGGAUGGAGAAAGUAUGCGGUACCAACCAUCACCUCAGUCUAUCAACGUCGUCAGCUCCGCAUCUUUCUUGAAUUUAUACCACUUGGCUACCGUGACCGAGCAGCAGGCUGCUACCGUGCAGCAGAUUACAGCAAGUGAACCGCCACCCAGAGCAAUGAACCGAGCAGCCGUCAAAGACAAUUGUCAAGGGUGGGUACUGCGUGUCAUGUCUAGUCUAAGCUUGUCCAGAGGGGUUCUAUGCCAGCCGAGAAGCUUCUGAUGGCAAGGUCUACGCGGCAGCCGGUGUAAGGAAUCUUUCUGGGCACUUUGUGUACCUACUUCUAGAUCUUGUCAUGUGUUGUUUUCACUGUACCGAUAUGGCAGUUUCAAAUCUGCUGUCAUUUGAGGUUUGUUUUGCUGUGAAGUAUGGUAAUCGCUGUCGACGUUGAGUAUGUUCCAUACUUCUUUCUGCUCGUCUUGACGUUCGCCUGACUCAAGGUUUAUCUUGACCUCCACUACCCAGUUAUACAGAGCGUUAGGUUUAUGCUACUCAUGGUUUU